GCUGCGGGGGGAGCCGCGGGAGGAGCCCGCUCGCCGCUUUGUGCCGGCAGCCGCCGCAGCACGGCCGCAAAGCCAUGGAAGAGUUAAUAGUUGAGCUGCGCCUGUUUCUUGAACUUCUGGACCAUGAAUAUCUAACUUCCACUGUCAGAGAGAAGAAGGCAGUAAUAACUAACAUUCUCCUGAGGAUACAGUCAUCAAAAGGUUUAGAAAUAAAAGAACAUGUCCAGAAGCAAGAAGUUGCCAACAGUUUGCCGGCGCCUCCUCAAAUGCCUCUGCCAGAAAUACCUCAGCAGUGGCUGCCACCAGAUAAUGGGCCUCCACCACUGCCAACAUCUUCCCUUCCUGAAGGCUAUUACGAAGAGGCAGUGCCACUUAGUCCUGGGAAGGCUCCUGAGUACAUCACUUCCAAUUAUGACUCAGAUGCUAUGAGCAGCUCUUACGAAUCCUACGAUGAAGAGGAGGAGGAUGGAAAGGGGAAGAAAAUGAGACAUCAGUGGCCUUCUGAGGAAGCCUCUAUGGAUCUGGUGAAGGAUGCCAAAAUCUGUGCCUUCCUUCUUAGAAAAAAACGAUUUGGGCAAUGGACCAAACUACUGUGUGUUAUCAAAGAAAACAAACUACUGUGUUACAAAAGCUCCAAGGACCAGCAGCCCCAGAUGGAGCUGCUCCUGAAUGACUGCAGUAUCACCUAUAUUCCCAAAGACAGCAAAAAGAAGAAGCAUGAGUUGAAAAUCUCUCACCAAGGAGCAGAUGCCCUGGUUCUGGCAGUGCAGAGCAAAGAGCAGGCAGAACAGUGGCUAAAGGUUAUUAAAGACGUGUGCAGCAACUGUACGGGAGCUGUAGACUCUGAUGGGCCUUUGUCUAGUUCUCCAGUACACAAAGCAGAGCUGGAAAAGAAGUUGUCAUUUGAGAGGCCAAGCUCAGAUGGAGAAGGUGCUGUGGAAAAUGGCAUCACUACCGUGUGCAAUGGUAAAGAACAAGUGAAGAGGAAAAAAAGUUCGAAAACGGAAGCCAAGGGCACUGUGACUAAAGUAACAGGGAAAAAAAUAACAAAGAUCAUUGGUUUAGGAAAGAAAAAGCCAUCAACAGAUGAACAGACCUCAUCAGCUGAAGAAGAUGUUCCAACAUGUGGAUAUCUCAACGUGCUCUCUAAUAACCGCUGGCGUGAGCGCUGGUGCAGAGUGAAAGACAACAAACUCAUUUUGCACAAGGACAGGACAGACCUGAAGACACACAUUGUUUCUAUCCCACUCCGUGGCUGUGAAGUCAUCCUGGGGCUGGACUCGAAGCAUCCCCUGGCCUUCCGCCUGCUCCGCAACGGGCAGGAGGUCGCUGUGCUUGAGGCCUCCUCCUCUGAAGACAUGGGCAGAUGGAUUGGAAUUUUGCUGGCAGAAACAGGGUCUUCAACAGACCCUGGAGCUCUGCACUAUGACUACAUCGACGUGGAAAUGACGGCCAGCGUCAUCCAGGCUGCCAAACAAACCUUCUGUUUCAUGAACAGGAGGGUUAUAUCUACAAAUCCGUACCGGGGGAGCACUGCCAACGGCUACGCCUGUCCAAGUGGAAUGGCACUUCAUUAUGAUGAUGUUCCCUGCAUAAAUGGAUCGUGGGAACCAGAAGAUGGCUUUCCUUCCUCUCGUAGCAGGAACAUUGGAGAAGAAAUGCUUUAUGAUAACGCAGGCCUGUACGAUAACUUGCCGUCUCCAAAAAUCUUUGCGCGCUAUCCGCCAGCUGACAGGAAAGCCAAUAGGUUAUCUACUGACAAACUGUCCUCUAACCAUUACAAACACCCUGUCUCAUCCAAUCUGUCUUCUGCUCAGUCUGUCACUAAUACCUCUGCUGUGGGGAGGGGAUCUGGCUCACAGUUUAAAAGCAAGAAGCCUCCUGUGACUACUAAUGGGAUCACCGGAAAAGCAAGAACUUUAAAUAGCCAGCCAAAGAAAUCUGAAACAGUUUCCUGUGUGAAGCGCACUGCAUCCAAUGCAGAGCAGUACAAAUACGGCAAGAAUCGUGUGGAGGCAGAUGCAAAGAGAUUGCAAAGCAAAGAGGAGGAGCUGCUGAAGAAAAAAGAAGCUCUCCGGAAUAGGCUGGCCCAGCUCCGGAAAGAGAGAAAAGAUCUGCGUGCUGCCAUUGAAGUCAAUGCUGGCAGGAAGACCCAAGUGAUUCUUGAAGACAAGUUAAAGAAGCUGGAAGAGGAGUGUAAGCAGAAGGAGGCUGAGCGUGUAAACCUGGAACUAGAGCUGACUGAGGUGAAGGAGAGCCUUAAGAAAGCCUUGGCUGGUGGCAUCACCCUGGGCUUGGCUAUUGAACCCAAAUCAGGAACAUCAAGUCCACAGUCUCCGAUUUUCAAGCACCGAACUUUGGAAAACUCUCCGAUCUCCAGCUGUGAUACCAGUGAUACUGAAUGUUCCAUCCCUGUGAACAGUGCUGCAGCUCUGAAGCGACCUCCCUCAUCAAACAAUUCCCCAUGUAGAGGCCAUGUCCUUCGAAAAGCAAAGCUGGGAGUGAGCCCAGGCCUUGUAGAUGUGGCUCAGGAAAGGGCGUCACACGAAUGGGAGAUGAAAAAUGGAACAUAAACAUAGCAAAGCCACUCACUUUCCAUAAAGGCCUUACCUACUACAGACCAAGACAUAGGCUGCAAAGGACUCACCUGAAAGGUCACAUCAAGUGAUAAAACAUAAGAAGUUUUAUAACUCUGUUAAGUUAAUGGUAGCUUGGCGCUAAUUUGCCUGUAUUCCCUCUACUGUAUUGCUGUGUAACUACAUGUGCCCCUUUUUAUUAGCUGUAACUCCUUUCCAACUUCACUGGUAAAGAAAAUGGAAACCAAAAAACACCCAACAAUAGGAAUUAAAAAGGAGCAUAAAGUCACAGUUGAAAGUUUACUUUGCUGAACCAGCAGAGAACCAGGAAUGUUAACUAUAGUGCAUCAGACGGCUGGAACACUGCUGAAGAUUGGUGGGAAAUCCUGACUCUUACAGGUUAAAACUGCCUUCUGAACACUGCCACAGAGCAGGUCUAACUCCUCAGCAGAGGCUUUGCUGGUAGCUGCUCACAUGGCAAAACAAACUGAGGAAAUGUGCUCCCAGAAGCAGCAGUGCCUGCUCGGCCCAGGAGCUCUGCAGGGCAUGACAACAACUCAUUGGUGAAGCAUUUUUUGGAUAUUUCUUAGACAGAUGCUUUUGUCAUUGGGAGAUAAAAAGCUGCCAAACUUUGAGACAGAUGUGUUUUUGUAUGUUCUCUUCAUUGCUGUUCUGAAGCACCAGUCAUUUUCAAAGGUCAUGUUCUUAAACUAUGACUUGUUCCUGAUUUUUUUAAAAGGCAAACAGGUAUUUUUAGAUACUGCUUCUCUUCUAUCCAUUUUGAAGAAGAAAAAGAAAACAAUUGAAAUUAGUCCUCAGCAGAUAAUGGCAACUCAGAAUAACUUAUGCAGUCAGUCUUGUUUUGUUUUUUAUAAUAUAGUGUUGUUAAACUUGAGGUAUAGAACACUGCUGUACUUAGUUUCCUUUGUCUUUUCAGACCUCAGCUAUUAUUUUUGAGGAAGAUGGACUGAAAAGGUGAUAAUUUUCAGACUCUUUUAUAAACAGUUUAACAAAUAAUUGGGGAUUUUCUUAAACAAGAGUCCAUUUCUGUUUACUAGGAAACAGCCUCUUGCAUUUUAGUCUGUAAAAUUAUAAAAAAAAUGUUUUUCUUUGUCUCCAUCCAUGUAAUUCCUGAGAAAUUACAUGCAGUAAAUUACCACUGAAGCCCUGCAAAAUCUCAAGAUUGGUUUUAAAAAAUUAGAAGGGGGUUGGGGGGAGAAUGUAUAAUAAGAUGGUUUCUUUUUCUCUUUUUUUUAAGCCUUUGGAGAGCUUUCAAUUAUACUCUCAAGAUACUUUUCCACCUCAACUGUGAGGAGUUGAAAAUUAAUUUUAAAAAUUACCUCAAAAUAUGAGUAGUAUUUAAUCACAGAUAUGAGGGCUGGAGUCUUGAUAAUUAGUUAAGACUGCAAUUAAAAUCACAGAAGUUGGCAAGACAGCAGUUACCAAGGAUCACAUCCCUUUAUGGCCAAGCCUGCAGAUAAUCUCACCUAUAGGAAUGGGUGUGUGCAACUCCUGGAGGGUGCGCUGGGAUUCUCAGCUGAGCUGGAUGCCAGAGGACCUCCUGCAGGAGCUUGUGGGGUUUGAAGGCACAGAGCUAUCAAAAGACCUGACAGCAGAGAGGAGACAGGGCUGUGUCCUGUUCCCAAAUGCAUUUAGGGCCAGGGAUCCCACUGACUUCAGCAGUGCAGAAUUGGGGCCCAGCAUGAGAAAAGGUUCUUUGCUUCCUGUGACUGUACUUGGUACAAAGUGCCACAGGAAUGCAGAUACAGUAGGAAAGCAAGUGUCAGUGUGGUUUUCAUUGAAAACACAAUUUUUUAAUAUUAGUUUAAGUCACUUAUAGCUGUCUAACUAGAGGGCACAUUCUGUACUGUAUGACUAUGGACUAAACAGCAUCAAAUUCCCAUAAAUAAUAGCAGAAACAAAUUUGAAGCAAAAGUAAGUUCAUUUAGGCUUUUUAUUUCAAAUUAAGUUAUUUAUUUGUAUAUUUCAAUAAAUAUUUAAUUUAUAUCUGUACAUAUUUAUAAUGCAAAUUAGGCUUCUAGUCAACGUUAGCAAUGAUGUAACAGUUGCCAUUAAGAAGUGGUCCUGCAUCAAGUAAUGCAGGGCAGUCAAAAGCCAGAUCACUUGUCAUGUUUACCCAGUAUUGGCAUUGUCUCUUUCCACCUCCUUAUCCCAUGAUAAAAAAAAAUAAAUAAAUUCCUUGGCAAGGACAGGUUUUAAUCCAUGCCUGAGUCAAUGUGUGUAAAUCUCUGCCCAGGCAAACAGAAGUUGUGUGGUGGAGCCUUCUUCAGCUCUGCUGUAGGUGCAGGUCUCCUUCAGCACCUGCAGCACCCUGGGUCCCUGUACUGCCUGCUGCACAGGGGCUGCCACCUAAAACAAACAUCUUUCACUCUUCCUCCAGCAAAGGCUCCACAAAGCCAUCACUGCUUUAGUCUAUUCUGUAUAAUAGCCAAGGUUUUGAAAGGAGGAAAACCAAAAAGCUUGGGAAAUAACCUCUCUCUACAGACCACUCUCAGUGCUGUGAAAUGUACUCUGUUGCCUUGAAUAGCACUAUUGCUGCACAAUUUUUUGUAAAGAGCGACAGAGUUUGUAUUUUCACCGUUUUUGGAUUUCAGGAUCACCAGGCAAACUCAGCCAUAGAGCAGCAUGACUUUUGUUUUAAAGGAAAACUCCUAUUUUGAACCAUUUCUAUGUCUUCUAAGAAAAUGUUACUCUUCUGCUUCCUCACCAAAUGCCUGUUACUGUACCAGGUGCUUUUUAAAAAUUGUUUGUUUUGUUUGGUAUUUUUUAAAUGAGUGAUGCUUUUUAAAAAAAUAAAAACCCAGAUCAUAACUUUGGGGGAUCAAGGGCGUUCUUUUUAAAUGAGAUGAUUGUGACAACUUGAUUUUUCAAAUGGAGAAUAUUAAUUUAGUAUCAAGUUUUGUUAGACACUUUCAAAUUAAUUGGCCCAGGGUGUAUGUUGUAUGAUAAUGUUCUCAUAUUAAGAAUGUAAUUAUUUCCUUAUUGUAUUUUUUAAAAAACAAAAUCAUAUUUAAAAAAAAUCUCUGUGAAAAAAAAAGCAUGAUAGAAACAUGAAAAAAAAAGGUUUUGUUUUAUUUUUGUUAUUGGAUAUGUUGGCAGUGCCCAUUAUAAUUGACUGUAAAUAUAGCCUUUCUACUGUAUUUCUCAGUGUAUUUAAGUUUUUUUGACAUACAUUCAUGGACACUUCUGUUAAAAAAAAAAACAAAAGUCAAAAUAGACCCACCUUCAAAUGUGUGUCUUAGUAGCUUCAACUAACUUUAUGCCUUUCUAGUUUAAUCUUCAGAAAAUCUUGCAAAGUGUGAAAAAAGACUGGCACCUGGUAGGUGCGACAGAUCCAAGACCAUUAUUAAUAAAGUUACCUGUCAAAAAAAGGA